AACCCGCGACCCAGUGGUGGAGGGCUAGUGGUAGCAGAAUGUCAGACGCCUUAACCACUUGGCCACCGUGUUUCCUCCUAUGUCUGGAGCUCCGACAAAAUAGUGGUUUUCUUAUAUAUUAUUACACGUUUUGUAGUAUAAUUUUUGGAUCACCAGUAUCUGUUUUUUCGAAUUUUCGGUGGAAAUGUGUGUUUUGGACAUUUGAGUUAGGACAAUGGCCUGAUACCCUACCUAGUGACUACUGCUCACAGCACACUGUACUAUAGCUACAUGGACUUGUAUAUAUAUGUUGACUUGAUAUAUGUAAUAUUUAGUGGAAGCCAUGGCCACCAGAAAGCAGAGUAUCGGAGGAGCAGUCGGGGUUAAGAACAGGGGAGCGGAUAAGAAUAUUGAGGACAGACUCGAUGAUAUUACAUCCUUGUUAACUACACUCAUAACAAAGGCAGACUUUGAUUCCAAGAUGAAGAAGUUGAAAGAAACCAUACGAGAGGAAAAUAGAGAACUUGUUAAAGAACUCUAAGGGAGAGUGUUCGAACUGGAAAUGGAAAAUGAGAAUCUCCGUCUGACUAUUGGAAACCUGGAGACCCAGGUCGGUGAUCUCCAGUGUUCUAAGGACGCUAGAAUACACGGACUUAAGGACACAUCUGAUUCAGAGACUGUGGCGGAAUGUGUGGACAAAUUCAUGAACUUUGUGUCUUCCAAACUUGAGGUGCAUAUUACUAAGGGGGACCUUGACAUUGCUCAUCGUCUUGGAAAGUUUAACCGGGAAAAACCGAGAAACAUCAUCGUCAAGUUUACGCAUCGACGAAAAAGGAACAAGGUCAUCAAAGCCCGCUCAAAAUUGAAGAAGACUGGAUAUAUGGUUUUCGAGGAUCUCACGAAGAUCAACCAGCAGGUCCUCAAGGACGCGUAUAAACUUCAGUGUGUGAAGAACUCAUACAUUACGGACGGUCACAGUAUGAUGAGGGACUCCUCCGACGACCACAUUGUAUCCCUGACGUAAUCGAGGGAUACGUUUUCGGAGUUUGAAGUCUCCAAAUCGGCCGCGGGCCGACGCAGUCUCGUGGAGGCUGAAUGUCACACGGACGAGUCUUCGUGCUCGCAGCCGCCGGCUCUCAACACACGUACAAAUGCCAAGGGGAAAUCCGAAAAAAAACGGAGAACAGACGAAAACCAGGGAUGUGUCACUGCAGGAGGUUCAGAACGCUUGGGUCAUGGAUACAAAUGGAAAGGGGAACCGUAUGAACUUUGUGCGUUGCCCUUUGGCAUGGCUUAUGCAACUUGAAUGUUUACUAAAAUUCUCAAGCUCAUUUAUAGUCACCUUCUUGCGUGUAGUCAGGGAGUUAUUACUUUUUUUAUUAUAUUGAUGAUUAUCUGACUACGGCAGCAGACAAGGACUGAUAGUGAGAAGCUGGUAUCAGUUAUGAAGGCUGUUAAUGUACUUAAGAAAUAUUGGCUUAGAUUUGUACUUGUUAAUUGGUAUUUGAUGGUCAUGUGCUAUUUUUAUUAUUAUUAUUAUUAUUAUUAUUUAAAUUGCAACGUCUUGCAGCACUUAAAUAAUUUUCAGUGAUAUAUUUUUCGUGUUUUUUUCGCGAGGAUUUGAAACCUCAAAAGACAGAAAAUAGACAUUAUAUCCACUGUAAGAACACAUUCUGGAUGUGUUUUUAUGAUACUGUAU